CACAUUUUACUUUCGGUUUGACGUACUUUGCAUUUCUAUAACCCCCGCGUAUAAGAUGGUAUGAUUCAACCGCCGUCCAGUUCUCUUUAGUGUUUGCCAAUGUUGGAGGUGUUACUGGGGUCUGGCCCUCGACAAAGGAAUAGAGCAUGGCUCAAGUAAAAGUACAGACCUCAGCACCCCUGGCUGGUCCUGGCCUUUCACCCGGAGUUCCUCUGGCGGCCAUGGCCAGCCCAGGACCCCUGGGUCUGCAGCCCUCUGUCAACGGCACAGGCUCGUCCCCUACACCCGCCUGCCCCGCUCCUGCAGCAGGAUAUGGGGACGCUCCUGUGCCUCUCACACCACCAGGUUCCCCCCAGGAGAACAUGGCAAACCCUAAAGAGAAAACUCCAAUGUGUUUGGUGAAUGAGUUAGCCCGUUUCAAUCGGAUCCAGCCUCAGUACAAGCUCCUCAAUGAGAGAGGCCCUGCACAUGCUAAGAUCUUCACGGUGCAGCUGACUCUUGGUGAGCAGGUCUGGGAGGCAGAGGGCACCAGCAUUAAAAAGGCCCAGCAUUCCACAGCUGCCAAAGCCCUGGCUGAGAGUGUACUUCCCAGGCCGAUGCCUCGCUCCCCCAAAGUGGACAUCAACAGCAAUCCAGGCAGUAUAACACCCACAGUGGAGCUGAAUGGUCUUGCCAUGAAGAGGGGAGAGCCGGCCAUCUACAGGCCUUUGGAUCCCAAGCCUUUGCCCAACUACAGAGCUUGCUACAACUUCAGAGGCAUAUAUAACCAAAGGUACCAUUAUCCUGUUCCCAAGAUCUUCUACGUGCAGCUGUCUGUGGGGAGUCACGAGUUCAUCGGGGAGGGACGCACUCGCCAGGCUGCCAGACACAACGCUGCCAUGAAGGCUUUGCAAGCCCUCCGCAAUAAACCCAUCCCUGAAAGACCGCCACAGGACCCAGAAGAAAAUGUAGAGAGUGAGGAAGGCGCCGACGCCAGCAAAUCAGAGAUCAGCCUGGUUUAUGAAAUUGCCCUGAAGAGGAACUUGACUGUCAACUUUGAGGUGUUGAAGGAGAGCGGACCCCCGCACAUGAAAAGCUUCCUGACCCGCGUCACAGUGGGGGAGUUCUCUGCCGAGGGCGAGGGCAACAGCAAAAAGCUGUCCAAGAAGCGUGCCGCUUUGUCCAUUCUGCAGGACCUGAAGAAGCUGCCCUUCAUCCCGGCCGUGGAGAAACCCAAAACACACUACAAAAAACGCACCAAGACCAUCCUCAAGACAGGACCGGACUAUGGCCAAGGCAUGAACCCCAUCAGCCGUCUGGCCCAGAUCCAACAGGCCAAGAAGGAAAAAGAACCCGAGUAUUUGCUGCUUUCUGAGAGAGGGAUGCCCCGACGCAGGGAGUUUAUCAUGCAGGUGAAGGUGAACAGCGAGGUUGCCACGGGGACGGGGCCAAACAAGAAGGUGGCCAAACGGAACGCUGCUGAGGCAAUGUUGCUGCAGCUGGGAUACAAAGCAUCCACGCUCCCUCAAAAUCCCACUGAGAUGGACAACAAAGGCUGGAAUGGACAAAAGGCGCCUUUUACCGAAGCGACGAGCAACACCCAGAAAGGUCUGCUCCACCUCAGCCCCGACAUCUACCAGGAGAUGGAGGCCAGCCGGAAGCAGGGGGGUAGUGCCCCAUCCCCUAAUGGUGGCAGCGGCUCCAUCAACUACCUGGCCUCCAAAGACGUGAAUCCAUGCGCCGCCCCAUCACCCCCGGGACACACCCCUCCAUACUACAUCGCUCCAUCCUCUUCUCCCGGCCCGACGAGCACCAUGGCCAGGGAGCUGCUGCUAAACGGUCAGUCGCCGACAGCUGCCGACACUUCUGUGCCGCCGGUGAAGGGGAAGAGUCCGCCCUUGGCCUGUGGUGUGUCUGUGCAACCCGCACAGCAGCUGGAGUACCUGGCUCGCAUCCAGGGCUUCCAGGUGCAGUACAGUGAUGCGCAGAGUGGCAAGGAUUUUGUGACCUAUCUGACCCUCUCCCCCGUGCAGAUGACUUUCCACGGCACUGGGAGCACCCUCCAAGCUAGCCACGACCAGGCUGCUCUAAGUGCCUUGAAACAGCUGUCGGAGCAGGGACUGGACCCGGUGGACGGCCCCGUCAAGAGCACAGAGGCCUGCGGGAGGGAAGACGGACACUAAACAGACUAACUCAGGCACCACCACCACUCAGGUCUGCACGGAUUCAAAGGCUGUCGUCCAGGAGCUGACAUUCCCAUACCCCCUUUUCUCUCUCAUGGGCACACAACCCCUCUAAUCGUCCCCUUGCCUGAGCCCAAAGUGUAACUAAACCCUUACCUUUUCCCCACGAUGGCCACUGUCUCCUGCGUAACCUGCGUAACCUGUAACAUGCAAUAGGGUGGAUGUGCAGCGUAAAAAAAAAAAAACACAAAAAAAACAUUACCUGAAGUCUAUGUGAAGACAACACUAUCUCCACACAUUAGUGAUGAGUUCAGUCUCGGUUUAUAGAGGAGUUAAAAAAAAAAAAAAAUCGAGAUGCAUGGUACUGUAUGAAAUGAGGGGGAGUCCAACGUGAUCAUUCCCUCUGGAUCAAUAUUUGUCGGUAUGGUUAAAAGAAAUAUGUACAUCAUGCCAUUGAAAUACAAUUUUAGAGGAGGGAAACCAACUUGUAGCUUCUUUGUUUUGAGGGGUGUUACGUUUAUUUUAUUCUGUUAUUUUAUGAAUCUAACAAUGCUUGAGUACUGUAUUUAAAAUUAACCAAUGCCAGUGCUGUGAAAGUUCUAGUUGUUGUCUUCAUAUAUAGUCACCCAGCUUACCUUGUAUGCUGACUUACCAGAGGGGAAAAAAAAAAAAAAAAAAGAGUUCAUCUAUAUCUAUAUGGAUGUGUAUGAAUUUAUUCCCAAAAUUAACACACAAUAAACUGUUUUUUUCAUGUGGAGAAAGGUGGUGUUAGCAAGGUUGGACUGUCCCGUUUGAACGUGUCCUCGCGCUGGCAGAGCGUGACUGACGCCACAGGCCGCGUCAGUGAUUCUCCGGCAGCGUGUCACCCCCCUCCCCUCUGCAGUUUAGUCGAUCACAUCUACACUCAUUGUGUGUGUCGUAUUGACCCGUCACGGCAUCAACUGGGUGCUUUUAUUGCCUGCUUUGGGAUGAGAUUAGGAGAUCUCUUGCUACCCUCAAGGUCUGCGCUGAAGAUGGCAUCCAUUUGUGUAAAAGAUGCAGUAAAAACACCUCAGUUCAUGUGGGAGAAAUCUGUCUGUCUUUAUUUUUUUCUGCCUCUCAGUGGAUGUACGUCAUGCAAGCGUAAAAAGAAGUUACACCGCCCUCCAGAAGUAUUGGAACAGUGAGACCAGUUCGUUUUAAUUAAGCAAAAGUACUGCAACAUGUGACUGACAGGUGUGUUUGGUUGCUCAGGUGUGUCUUUUUCCAUUGCUGAUUCAGUCAAUAAAUAGCACUGAAUGUCUACACUCGGUUUUCAGAUUGGGGAGAAGGUGUUUUGUCUGCGUAUCCUGCAUUUAAAGGUGAAAACAACAUAAAAAACAGAAAGUUGUCUAUGGGUGAAAAAACAAGCAAGCAAGGAAGGAAGAUGGAAAAUCAAUUAGAAGCACUGCACAAAAUUGGUCAUACCCAAAAAGACCACUGGUAUGUUUGUCUCAGAAUAUUUUAGGCUCAUCUCUGUACUUUUUGCUAAAUUCCAGCCUGGAAAUAAAAGCCUAAAUGUUG